AUGCCGCCCACAGGAGAUUCGGCUAACAACGAGCAAACCCUAUUACGCCAUUACUCUGAUGCUGAUCCAUUUGAUCCAAUGAGUAUCGGUGGCGGUGAUCAGUUCGACGACCUGCUCGACUCGUUCCUCUACAGUCUCCGUUUACCAGCCAAGUGCAUGCCUCUGCUCGAGAUUGCCGCAUCCGGUGAAAAAUCAAGCGGUUCACGUGUGAAUCAAACAAUGUCCGCGGGAAAAUGGACUUUCAUCGCCACCCAAGCCUACAUGUCCCCAUUCGACGAAAUGUCAACCAAUUUUCAAGUUGAUCGCGCGUUUCUUUCUGAAGAUGAUCCAGUCGAUCUGGUGCUUGAAAUAAUGGAAUAUCAUAGCGGAAAUCUUGUUGUCAAAUUCCUCGAUCGACACGAGCAGAGCGUAAUGGAUGACUAUUGCUGGAGUCAACCAACGAAUGUCCCAUUCAACACGACCCUUGUCUACGGAUUGCCGACUAAAGUGGCAGCUGUUGUCACCUGGACACAAGGUGAUGAAGAAGCGACGGCUGAUGCGGAACCAAAAGGUUUCCUCGCAAAAAUCCACGCGAAACCAGCGACAACACCAAUGCCUUUUCAAAGAAUGCCUCAAAAACUCAUUGUUCUGUUGCUCCUUGGCAUCGUUUCGACUACUUUUGCCAUUCGCUGUUAUGAGGAUGUAAACACGAAAGACAAAUUCACAAGCUCGGGGGAAAGAUGCAGCGAACUUUGCUUGAAAAAGUGGAAACAGGACGUGCCGCCGAAGGAUGAACGGUAUGAAUGGGACUGUGGUUGCUCAAGUGAUCAAUCGACGCCAAUUGUAUACACCUGUUUGGAGGAAGGAAUACAUCAUGAUGUAGCCGGCGGUCAAACAUACCUUGUUCGGUGCUGUAAAGGCGAUUUUUGCAACACUGACAAG